AUGUCUACAUAUAAUAAUGUAUUGGGUGAUUUUAUCUCACAUAAAAAUGAUUUAAGUGAUCUUGAUGAUGAUGAAUAUGAAGAUUCUGGUUCAGAACCCGAACCUCAAAUGGGUACACCUUAUAUAAGUUCUAAAAUUCAAUCACCUGAUGAACGAACAAAAUUUGUUGAAUCACUACUCAGCGGACGACGUCCUUCAAUCACAGGAUCUAAUAAUGAUAAACCAGCUGGUGGACGACGUCCCUCAAUCUCAUCAACGAAUGCUGAUUCUACGGGGACAACAGUACCACGUCCACGUCGAAUGUCUAAAGUAGUUGAUACACGUCCCAAACAUUUAAUAUUAGGUGAUUUUGAGUUGGCUAAUGUUGUUGAUUGUGAAGAAUAUGUACUUUGCUGCAAAUAUAGUCCAUUAGGAGAUGUAUUUGCUGUUGGUUUAGGCAAUGGUACAAUUAAAGUCUAUUCGAAAACAGGUCAAUUUCAAUAUGCACUUGCUGAUAAUGAUACAAAAACACGACGUUAUCCAGUAACAUGUUUGAAAUUCUAUGCAAAUAAAGAAGAUUUAAAAUCUGACCAUCAAAAAAUGAUAGCUGCUACUUAUACUGCUGGUUAUGUUAAAGUUUGGCAUUAUCCAACUCAACAAUGUGUUUAUACAUUUGAUGAAAAAGAUCGUCAACCUUUAGCACUUGAUUUUAAUUCUAAUCAUACACGUUUAUAUGUUGCUGGUAGCGAUUGUAAAAUAAAUUGUUAUGAUUUUCAAACGAAAAAAUUAGUUAGUAAUUUAAGAGCUUCAGAGAGUCGAGAACGUAUGGAUGGUCAUAAAAAUCGAAUACAUGCUAUUCGUGCACAUCCAACAAUGGAAACAAUUUUUCUUACAGGUGGUUGGGAUGAAACUGUUCAUUAUUGGGAUGAACGUACAACACAUUCACAAAAACAUUUUGCUGGUCCACAUUUAUGUGGUGAUUCAUUAGAUAUUAUAGCUGAACAUCAAGUUAUAUUAACAGGUUCAUGGAGAAAAAAUUCUACAUUACAGAUUUGGGAUUUUCCAACAGGCCAAUUAAUUAAAGAUGCUUUUCCACACAAUGCAACAUCAAUGCUUUAUGCAACGAAAUAUUGUCCAAAAGAUUAUAUUCUAUGUGCUGGUAAUGAUAAAAAUGAAGCUAUUAUUUAUGAUUAUACAAUCUUACAAAUGGUUGGUGGUAUAACAGAUCUUGAAAAUGCAGUUUAUUGUGCUGAUACAGAUGUCAGUCGUCCGAAUAUGAUUGUUGGUUCAGCAAAAAAUAUCUUUAUUGUGAAUGAUAAAUCUCGUAUUAGAUAA